AUGCGCGGACUCAAAUUCUUGCCUUUGAUGGCUAUGUUGGAAUGGACUGUAGGUCAGAACGAUCCUUCGAAACCAGAAUGUGCUUUACGGUGCUGGGAAAAUACGAGAUAUGUCAGCAGAUGCUUGGAGGAUCAUGCUUGUCUCUGCAGUGAUCCAAAUUAUCAGAACUCCGUCUUCCAAUGCAUUUACUCGCAAUGCGAUACUGCUCACUUCGGCUCUGCUCUCCAUCACGCCAUUGCACAAUGCCUCGGAACGAACAAUGAAGUCUUCUUCGCUAAUCCACCCAUUCCUGAUCGCGAUGCUCUACGCCGUCGAGAAGCAGAAUACGCUUCUGGGGAGAAAUUGGCUGGAUCUGGAUCUGCCGUAGGAUAUCCGACCGAAAGUGCCACAUUCCCUCUGCAGAGUGCAAAUUACCCCACGGACAGUGUCGCCGGCCCAUACUCCCCAAAUCCUACCUCGACGCUGUUCCCUUUUUUUCCUCUCAACUCCGUUACCUCCCCAGCAAUCACAUCCGCCACGCCAACUGAGCCAGCCUACAACGCCGUACGAGUCUCUACCACUGCUGCUGUUCCGCAGCUAUACACAGGUGGGGCCUCGCCCUUCCCACCUACGCUCUUUCUUCCCAUUGUGUUCACAAUGACGGUCAUUCAUCUUAUGGUCUGA